AUGUCUCCCUGUACGACUCGAACCCUGCCCGGACAGACCACUCUUGGAUACAGGAAUCAAAUCACCCAAAUAACAUCUUUCCUGGACGCUUCGCAGAUCUAUGGCUCAACGAAACGCAGCUUGAUCGACUGCGCUCGGUUUUUGGAGGGAAACUCAACGCGUUCAAAACUCAUGGAAAAAGAGAUUUCCACGCCACCAAAUCCCGACGAUCCUGACUGUCGACAUCGGGCCGGGAAUUCCCUUGCUUUAGAGCAGGUGAUGAUCAGUAACUCUCAAGUGCCCACCCUGGCCUCGUUGCACACAAUAUUUUUUGCGAGAGCACAACAGAAUCGCCGACGAGUUGUCACAAAGAAAUGCUCACUGGGGAAACUCGUCGCAUCAUCGGCGCUCUCGCUUCAAAGCAUCAUCUUCCUCGGAGUUCUCCCGAAAAUCAUCAGCCAUAAACAAAUGCGAAAAUACGCGUUGAAUGCGGAGAAAGCGGACAUUUCAAAAGUGGCUUGGACUCGUUGGUGUUGGGUUUGGUGGGUUCGUCGGCGAUGCAAAUGGACAGACAUGUCAGCGACGGGGUUCGCAAUCAUCUCUUCGUCCGGCGAGGGAAUUCAACUUCCGGUAUGGACUUGCCAGCGAAUUAAUAUACAACGAGGAAGAGAUCAUGGGGUGAAUCCGUACAAUGAUCACAGAGAACUCUGUGGCCUAAAGCGAGUGACCGAAUUCGCCGAGCUCUCCAAUGAGAUCUUUUCGCCGGGAUUCUGUCAGAGCGUCGAAUUCAGGGAGCACUCAAUCGGUCCAACCGCUUCUUGUCCUUAUCGCCGAGCAAUUCGCCCGUCUGGUAGCGAUGCGAUCGACACCAUUUCGAGGAACGAUCUACCGUAUACGAGAUUCAGCUUGGCUCAAUUGUCAUCGAUUCGCUCGAUCAGCCUCUCAUCGAUUAUCUGCUUGAACUCAAAGGUACAACGUCUGCAACCCGAUCUUUUCGCGAUUUCUGAUGAAAUUAGCAAUCAUCCUCUCACUUGUUCUUCUUAUCGACCAAUCAAUUUGGAUCCAUGGAUUGAGAAUCAAGACUGUGAAAUGGGAAAGAGGUUUCAACCAUCGCCGUGCACGAGUUGUAUUUGUACGAAAGAGGGGCGUCAAUGUCAAUCACUAAGCGUCACGAAUUGUGGCCAACUUUUGAGAGAUUUCGGGUCGCGAAUCGCUUUCGAGGACAUCGCUUGUCGUGUUCAAUGCGGUCUUAAAAAUCGUGAU